AGGAAAUCCUGCAAGAAAGCGGCUACAGAAUGAGCGCGUUGAGCACUCCUGGAUUGAAUGGUCGUGUAAAAGCGAAUCUGAGACUUGCAUCUUAUCAAGAUAACUGUAGAGAGAGCAUAGUCCAUUGUCACGCACUUGGAGGGGUCUCCAAAUAUAUAAACCUUUCGUAGGAGGCUUAAUAUUCAAGAUUUGAUAUCGAUGAAAACUACAGGAAUUGGGGAAGGAAUUGAGAACUGAGGGAUUCGAAAUCCACUUGUGCUGAUGGUCAUUCAAACGAUUGAGUCGUGGAUUGUGAUCUUGUUCGAUGUCUAUUAAAAGAGUUGGAGAAGAGAUUGAUGACAGUUCGUGAGGCAGAUCUUUUGCUUCAUGGUCCAGCCGAUUCAAUUCCACUCCUCAAGUUGCUCGACAUUUUGUCGCUCAAUCAGGACCAGUUCUUAAAGUCUGGUGUCGAUUGCCGCCAGUUUGCUUUUGUCAUAACACCUCAGUCCUUUCUUCAUCGUGAUUGACAGCUUCAUUCUUUCCGGAAUAUGUCUUCUGGAUUACUUUGAUCAUCACUCUCAGCGGUUUUCAGUUCCUCAAUUGUUUCAUUUUACAAACCACUACGUCUGUGGCUAGCUAGGUACAGAAAAUGGCUUCUCUAAACGAAAGCCAAUCACUUCCUCGAUCAUGGAGAUGUUGCGUCGCACUUUUGCUAUCUUUGUCGUUUUUGAUGGUAGGCUCAACUCAAGCCAGCAGGAAAUUACAAACAGCUCAACCACAAAGGAGACUCCAGGCGCACAGGGACAAUACCGACACGGCUAUGCACGCUCCUUCAGCUCAAUCUUACCUGGUUUCAGACGGUAGCUGGGUAGAUUGUGUCCCCAUCGAAGGACAGAUUGCAGCCCACCACCCUGCUCUCAAAGACCACAUCAUCAAGAUGAGGCCAUCGGUACCUCCCAAUGCUCGCUCUUCAUUAGGCGCGAGAUCGCAUCCACAAUUGUUUGCUCGGGAGCAUGGCGGGUGCCCGGACGGCUAUAUUCCCGUUCAACGAAUGGACCCCAACAGCCCGCGUUUGCGAAAAGAGCAUCCCCCUCAAGCCCCUGGACCUGCUCCAGUUGACGUAGCAGUUCAUGAAUAUGCUGUAACAACCAUGCCAGUUUCUAGCGGAGCUUACAGUGGAUCUGCGGCUGUCCUCAGUGUAAAUGGCCCCACCGUUGCAAAUACCAGGGAGUUCAGCCUGUCUCAGCUAUGGAUCAUCGACGGCUCCUUCAAAGACACAAGCCUGUGCACAAUUGAAGUUGGCUGGCAAACGUAUCCCGGCAGACACACUGGUGACGCGGACUUUGCUCCUCACCUUUUCGUGUACUGGACUGCAGACCAUUACAAUAUUUCUGGGUGCUAUGACCUGGAAUGCCCCGGCUUUGUCCAGGUCGAAAAUUCGUGGGUGAUCGGAGGCGCCAUGCCGAGCUACACAACGCUUGAACAAUUAAAUAAUGGGGAGAUUGCCGAGGUUGACAUUCAAGUGCUCUACGACUCCACUGAUCUUGUCUGGUGGUUAUUUCUCAACGGCGUGGCGAUUGGGUACUGGCCAGCGGCGCUAUACCCCAGCACUUAUUUGCACGGGACUGCAAAUUUUUUAGAGUGGGGAGGCGAGGUCGCCAUCGAAAAGAACAACACUGCUCACUCGAGGACUGUGAUGGGCAGUGGUGCAGUUCCCACCGCGGGCUUCCCUUUAUCAGCUUACCAGAGAAACAUCACGUACGCGGAUGUGGUGUCUGGAGUUACAAACAUGGAUGCAAAUGUUAAGUAUCUGACGGAAGGUCAAAUCCGGACGGAUCCCAGCUGCUAUGAUAUAGCAGUUCAAUUGAAUAACUACGCGAAUUGGGGUACAUAUUUCUUCUUCGGAGGGCCUGGAGGAAACAACGUUUUUUGUAAGGGCACGCCAUAGUUCUGCUGAAAGCAUGAAUUGGAUAAAAAACACCAGCGGUUGAUUGCGGUGGAUUCAACAAUGUGUUUAUAGAUAGUGGCAAUCUGUAUUACGUUAGAACCUAAGUAUAGGAAGGAUUGGAACAAUCUGUGGUUGAAUGCGCAUGGCAAACCACAGAUUCAUACUCAUUAGAGCAAAAUCAACACCUCAAUGUAUUCCUGCGAAGAUGAAGCCAGUAGAUGACCCCCCCCCCACACACACACACACACACGAGUAGCUGUGCUACAAAAUGUUUCCUCGCAAUUUUAUGUUUAUUGGAGACCUCUAAGUCGACAUGUCAACUUUCUUCAUUCUCUAGCCCUCCUGUAAUGUUUUGAAGAAAAGCAACUAGACCAGCCGCGGUCCUGCCAGUGUUGGAACCCCGUCUAGCCUCCCUUUGGUCUCGUUCAAGGCGGGCGCGAGGCUCUUAUAACCCGCAACGACAGCGAGAUUUCCAACGCGCGGAAUUCAAUAACUGUUUUGCAUCUAGAAUCCUAGAGUUGCACGACAUAACUUCUUGUCUCGAAAUAUGGUCUUGUCUAAACUGAAUCACUUCUCGAUCUGUUCUUUUGGUCACGUUUACCUGAUUGUUGUUUUGAAAUAGGUGAAUGAAGUAUCCAUGAGUGUUCGAUUUCUGUGUAAAUUCAAAUAGAUACUUCAA